AUGUACCUCCCUCACAUAUUCCUGGCCCGCUCCAAUGAUGGCGACGACCGCUUCAACCACAACCGCGGCUUCGACAGCCCCCACCGCUUCGACCGCGGCCGGCCUGACCAAGAAACAAUCAUACUCCUCUUCACGCUCUUCGGCAUCCUCCUGACGCUGCUUCUCAUGUUGGUGCUUCUGCUGAUUCAGGCGUGGGCGGUUUGGAAGUUGGCAAGGGUGGUGGUGAAUGCUGCUGAGGAGGAGAAGGGGGAGGGGAAUGAGGUGGGAGGCAAGAUGAUGGAAAGGGGGUGUGCCGGGUUCUUGAAGGCUUUGGGAUUAAGCAGCAAGGGGAAAGAGGGAGAUACAUGA